AUGGCGAUGAUGUUGACUGGCCGUGUGCUGCUGGUGUGUGCCCUCAGCGUGCUGUGGUGCAUUGCCGGCGGUAGAUGUGAUGAAGAGGAGGAGGCACCUCUUGUCGGUCCACCUCUUAAUUCUACAAGUGUUGGAGUUUCCGAAAAUGCCACCGGCCACACGGCGCCUAGUGAUGCAGGAGUCCUUUCUGCGGAGCAAAAACAACUGAACCCUUUGGGGGCUCUGCCAUUGCAAGCUGCUUUACAGCCUGAAUCACCAAAAGAGCAGACACACUCCAGCCCCGAACAUAAGGAUCCACUGCCACCUUCAACACAAUUGCAAGAAGAGCGGCAAGGUGGACCAGACGAAGGUAUACUAAAGGAACCGGGGGCUUCACUCAGUCAAGAGGACAAGAAGCAUACAUCAAUUGGAGAUCAACAGCGUAAUGAUCCGCCACCUGCUUCAAGUAACAAAGAUGUCGUCAGCAACAAUAGUGAGGAGAGCACAGAAGAUACUUCGAGGAGUGCUGAAAUUAUUGGUGGCGCACCGUUUGAAGAGGUGCAAGAACGUGAAAAUGUCACUCUUUCCUUGGAACAACCUCGGGAAACUUCCACGGCCGCACCGGCCAUUACCAAUCAAACAAGUUCCACGACACCGCCCGACCAAAGUGAGAGCAACACCGUCAAAAUGAGUGAUGCAACACCACAAUCAAUAGGGACCGCCAACACGAAUGAUUCGACGACAAAGAUUGACAGCAGUGACAGCAGCACCGCGGUCUCCCACACCACCUCCCCUCUUUUGCUUCUUCUUCUUCCUGUUGUUGCGUGUGCUGCUGCGGCUGCGGUGGUGGCCGCGUGA